UCAGUAAUCAAUUCAUAUUUCAAAAAAGGGCAAAAAAUACAGUCAAUAUAGGUUAGGAUCAUGACAGCCAUAUUUAAAAAAUUAGGAAUCGAAGUAUUCGGUCGAUUUUCCUUAUUUUUUUAUCAGACAGCUGAAUUUCAACGAACAAUUACUGUAAUAAAAAUGACCAAAUUAACAGAAGUUGAAAGGCAAAAAAAUUUAAAUCCACUACUUACUAAUGGUUGGAUUGUUCAAAAGGAUAGAGACGCCAUUCAUAAAGAAUUUACUUUUAAAAAUUUCAAUCAGGCAUUUGGUUUUAUGAUGCGAAUUGCAAUGCAGGCUGAGAAAAUGGAUCAUCACCCCGAAUGGUGCAAUGUAUAUAAUAGAGUUAACAUAACAUUAUCGACUCAUGAUGUAAAUGGAUUAUCUAUGAAAGAUGUCAAACUUGCAACUUUUAUUGAUAAUAUUCUUAAAUCUGACAACAUAUAAUUUUAAUGGAAUAAUCAACUAUUAUAGU